UCCUCCCCCACUGACCCCGGCACACUCCAGCCUGACCACCGCCAGCCAGCCCGGCAAUGACUGAGAAAGCCACCUCGGAGGCCCCCGACUGUGGUCCAGAGGAGUCUGCCUCUAAGUCGGCCAAGGCACCCACCACAGAGCCCGCUGGAGAAGUGGCAGCGUUGGAGUCUGCUGGGGAAGAAUGGGCUCCCACGCCACUACCGGAGCCUGCUUCUCAGGCCCCGGCCCCUGCCGCCCCCACGGCCCCCACGGCCCCCAAAGCCACUAAACCCGCACCUCCAAGUGAAGACGUGCCCAGCGCCCCACUGCUGCUGGCCUUGGAGGAUGUGAGCGACAGCUCGGUGACCGUGAGCUGGGAGCCACCGGAGAGCCUAGGGAGGCUGGGGCUCCAGGGCUACAUGCUGGAGCUCUGCCGAGAGGGAGCCUCAGAGUGGGUGCCCGUGAACGCCCGGCCCCUGAUGGUGACCCAGCUGACUGUGCGGAACCUGGCUCUGGGGGACAAGUUCUUCUUGCGUGUGUCUGCGGUGAGCUCUGCGGGGACUGGCCCGCCAGCUGUGCUAGAACAGCCUGUCCACAUCCAGAAGAUCAUCGAGGCCCCCAAGAUCCGAGUCCCCCGCCACCUUCGUCAGACCUACAUCCGCCAGGUGGGAGAGCCAGUCAACCUGCAAAUCCCUUUCCAGGGGAGUCCCAAGCCUCAGGCCUCCUGGACCCAUAAUGGCCACGCCCUGGAUAGCCAGCGGGUGAAUGUGCGCACCGGGGACCAGGACUCCAUCCUCUUCAUCCGCUCAGCCCAGCGCUCCGACUCCGGCUGCUACGAGCUCACUGUGCGUCUGGAAGGCCUGGAGGCGAAGGCAGCCAUCGAUAUCCUGGUGAUUGAGAAACCUGGACCCCCCAGCAGCAUCCGGAUCCUGGACGUCUGGGGCUGCAACGCUGCCCUUGAGUGGACACCGCCCCAGGACACAGGCAACACAGAGCUCCUGGGCUACACCGUGCAGAAGGCAGACAAAAAGACAGGGCAAUGGUUCACGGUGCUGGAGCGCUACCACCCGACCACCUGCACCAUCUCUGACCUCAUCGUGGGAAACGCCUACUCCUUUCGGGUCUUCUCCGAGAACCAGUGCGGGCUCAGCACCUCAGCCGCGACCACCAAGGAGCUAGCCUGCAUCCAGAAGGCAGAUAUUGUUGCCAAACCUAAGGAGUUUGUGGAGCGAGACUUCUCCGAAGCCCCCUCAUUUACCCAGCCCCUGGCUGACCACACCUCCACCCCCGGCUACAGCACUCAGCUCUUCUGCAGCGUCCGAGCAUCACCCAAGCCCAAGAUCAUCUGGAUGAAAAACAAGAUGAACAUCCAGGGUGACCCCAAGUACCGCGCCCUCUCUGAGCAAGGCGUCUGCACGCUGGAGAUCCGGAAGCCCAGCCCCUUUGAUUCCGGGGUCUACACCUGCAAGGCUGUCAACGUGUUAGGGGAGGCAUCUGUGGACUGCCGGCUGGAGGUCAAAGGGAAAGCGUCAGCCACACACUGAAGAGCGACAGGAGGCUGCGGCGAGGAGGAUGGUGCUGCAGACCUGGGGGGUCGGGCCCACAAGACUCAGAAUCAAGCUCCACAGAUGCCCCAGAGCCCCGUUUCCAUGGUGACGGCUGAGGGCUUUGCUCCCUGGUACCUGCCUAGUCUCCCUCCCCCGGAGGCCAGAGCCCAGGAGCCAGGAGUAGGCCUGGCAGGCCCCAGGCCAGGCUUCCUGGGCACAAGGGGGCCUGGAGAUGCAAAGAUUGGAGUGCCCCUGCAGAGCGGUGCAUUCUGGGUGAGAACCGCUCAAAUAAAAGUGUGUGAUGUGUUCCAGUG